AUGAACUUUGAGGACGUGGCCAUCACCUUCUCUGAGGAGGAGUGGCGGCUCCUUGAUGAGGCUCAGAGACUUCUCUACUGCAAGAUGAUGGUAGAAGCUUUUGCCCUGGUCUCAUCUGGGAAAUCAUUUAGGCACAAUUAUUACCUCUUUAUCCACAAGAGAGUUCACACUGGAGAAAAACCAUAUAACUGUAGUGAAUGUGGGAAAUCAUUUAGGGGCAAACAUGACCUUUUUACCCACAUGAGAGUUCACACUGGGGAAAAACGUUAUGAAUGCAGUGACUGUGGGAAGUCCUUCAGCAGUAGCUCUAAUCUCCUUCAACACCACAGAGUUCACACUGGAGAAAAACCAUAUAACUGUAGUGAAUGUGGGAAAUCAUUUCGGCGCAAUGUUGAGCUCUGUAUCCACAAGAGAGUUCACACUGGAGAAAAACCAUAUGAGUGUAGUGACUGUGGGAAGUCCUUCAGCAAUAGGUCUAAUCUCAUUCAACACCACAGAGUUCACACUGGAGGAAAACACUACAAAUGUAGUGAAUGUGGGAAAUCUUUUCAUGGAAAUUCUCAACUCACUAAACACAAGAUUGUUCACACUGGAGAAAAACCAUAUGAGUGUAGUCACUGUGGGAAGUCCUUCAACAGUAGCUCGACUCUCAUUCGACACCGCAGAGUUCACACUGGAGAAAAACCAUAUGAGUGUAUUGACUGUGGGAAGUCCUUCAGUCGUAGGUCUAGUCUCAUUCGACACCACAGAAGAGUUCACACUGGAGAAAAGCCUUAUAAGUGUAAUGAAUGUGGAAAAUCAUUCAGGCAAAAUUCCAAUCUCAUGCAACACCAGAGAAUGCACACUGGAGAAAAGCCAUAUGAGUGUAGUGACUGUGGGAAGUCCUUCAGCAGCAGCUCUAAUCUCAUUCGACACCACAGAGAGAUGAACUUUGAGGACGUGGCCAUCACCUUCUCUGAGGAGGAGUGGGGGCUCCUUGAUGAGGCUCAGAGACUUCUCUACUGCAAGAUGAUGGUAGAAGCUUUUGCCCUGGUCUCAUCUGAAGUGUCUGGGAGUCAUGAUUGUUGCAAAAAGCUUAAUGCACCCAAGCUUGUCUAUGUCCACAUGCAUGGCUUCCACUUCUGCACCAUUCCUCCAACUAAAGGCUCUUUGUGA